AGCCAUUUUGGCUCUUGCCGCGUCGCGCGCCCCACCAUCUUGGCUCAACCAGGCUUGGGAUGGCGUGCUGCGAUUUGGUUGCGCCGGCGCCUCGCGUGCUGCUCUUCUCCUUUCCCCGUCGUGCUCUGUUCCGGGAUGGUUCAUCGCCGUUCUCAGGUGGCCGCUCAACAUCGCCGCCUCCGCGCUGCUGAGAACGGCUACCUCAUCGGCAAGACGUCGUCGGUGCUGAUACCUGUUCAGGCGUCACAUGUCGGGCGAGUCGCUAAGAUGGCGCAGUCGCUGGCGCUGCACGAUGCGCACAACACCCUGCUCGGCACACCCGUCCACUUCGCACGCGAUGCUGCUCUACAUGCGGACAUCUCUGACGCUGAUCGCCAGGCUGCGCUGGUGAUCCACAGGACGGCGAAUCGUGCCAAGCAUCACUGGCCCACGCGGCACCCUGCUUCUGCUACCUCUUCGGGAUCUACGGGCACCGCCGCCAAGAGUGGCGCACCUCGCCUACGUGCUGCUGCUGCCGAGUUUGUGCCGCUCCCUGGCUCGUUGGAGGGCAAUGCGGCCUCUGGCGCCGAGUUCUUUCUUGAUGCCAUUAACAUGCAGCUCAUGCACAUGUGGCACUCCAUUGCCGACGCUGGUGCCGCCGCGGCCGCGGCUCAGCAGCUCGCGGCUGAGAGUCGCGACAUGAUGUUUGCAGUGGAACACAAGAGCGAGAAACAGUUCGAGUUGCUCAAGGCAUCCAUUUUGGUGCACGAGCUACUUCCCGCGGCCGCCGUGGCUGGAGACGGGGCGCCUCUUGAGGCCAAGCUCCACGACCUAGAGAAUGUGCUCACCGAGAAGUUGUCCACCUUUCGUGAUGAAGUGCAAAGAGAGGUGGAGGACCUCAGUGCUGGGCAACGUGCCGUCUCUUCUUUCGUGGAAGACAACUAUCAGACAGUUCUUCAAAAGCUGGUGCAGCUGCAGCAAUUUGUUUUUGAGGCUCCUUCGGUUUCUGAGUUGAACGUUAAACUGGAAUCAAUGCGCGGUCUGUUCCGUUGCCACACGGCCAAGAUCACAGAUACGGUUUCUCAGAAUAUGACUGCUGCUCGUGCAUACAUAGAUGAGGAAAUCGCGAAAGUUUCUGUCCCGUGCGAGGCUGCGCUCUUGAAGUCGUUGGCUAAGCCCUUGGACCGUCUCUGGACUGACUGCCAAGAGUUGGUCAACCACUCGAGGGACGAGGUCUGCGAGUUCAUGACCGCGGUUCGGGGUGGCACUCUUGCCGACGCCCGCAUGCUCAUCACAGAGUCGCUCGACGAGAAAGGGGUUUCCCGUCUCGCCCAGCUCGUGGCUGCAAUCCAAGACGACAUUGCGCAGCUCCGCUCUCUGCCUGCGCAGGCGGCCCUGGCAGCUUCUGUCCAAGAACAGGUUGCCACCCAUGAGACCGCACUGCAUCAGAUGAGUGCUCUGAUAGGCACGAUGAUUGAGAAGAACACGGAUACGAUCGUUGAAGCUGCCACGAAGUCUGUUAUCUUAUUUGCUGAUUCUGCUGCCUUCGCUACCAAAGUGAAGUGUGCGGUGGCUGCACUGGAUCGUGGCGUGCCCUCUGGUCAGGCGGCCCGCCUUCGGCCCCCUGUUCAUGAUUGCGGCGUUUCUGACGAUGAUGAUGACGGUGAUGGAAGUUUUGACGAGACCUGGCAGGACAGCGAAGGCAACGUCAGGACUACACAUUGGUCGCCGUGACGGGCUUCAAGAUUGACAUGGAUGCUGUGAACGAUGGCUUCCUUUCCCCGCUCGUCGGCCUCUCUGUGCUGGUGGGGUCGGUGAAGCUCCCGUGUACCGCUCUUAUUCUUAUAGAUCGAUUGGCUGUUGAUCAAUAUGAUCAGUGCCAGGCGGUGCAUAAGCUCGCCUGUCGAUCCUUCUUGCGAUGUGUCGUUACUUUUCUCCGCCAUGCGAAACUGACAGCCAGCGGACAUUACCACGUUGUUUUCUUCACAACUAGCCCACCCUGAUCACGUAAUGGAAGCCCCUGGUCGUGGGGUCAGAUGGACUCCCGCCCUACACCCAAUUACAACAUGAAUACAACAUUCGCGGAUUGGGUGGCGGAGGAGGAAGGAGUCGCAUUGAUUUAUUUGGGGUGGAGGCCAGCUUCCAUCGCACGGCAGCGACCACACUUCUCAAUUGACCAAGCCGGGCGAGGAUUAAAACAGCCGUGUUCCCGAGCGCAGUGGGCAAUGGUUUGCUAGCCCGUUGCUGAGAGCUUGCUGCUGGACAUUAUAAACCAACGUGACGUUCACAGCCUCCUUGAUAGACCGUUGCUGAGAGCUUGCUGCUGGACAUUAUAGACCAGAGUGACGUUCACAGCCUGCUAUUGGCUUUUCGACGCAGUCAGACUGGGCGCACGAGAAAACAAAGUGUCAGGGAUUGGCUCAUACUGUUGUUGGGCCAGUCUAGGGGCCCUCUUGCGCUAUCGGGGGCCUCUUGGGAGCCUAUUAGGCCGUCUUGGAGCGACCUCAGGAGAUUCGGUCAUAUACGUGUCCCAGGCUUCUGCUGCAGGAGAGGGGGUAUGGCUUCGCAUGGACAGCAAGGUGUUGAGAAGAGGGUCUAAGAUUUCACUAGACACUACACCGUUGGCAGGGG